CACGAUCCCAUGAUGCACCUCUUGUCGAGACGGUAGCCAAAGUGGUCACGUGAGCCCUUUGCCGUUUCCAGCGCCUGGGAGGAGGCCGUCAGUUUUGUGUGCAGAGCCUGUGGAUGGAAGUGGAGAGUCCCACAAAGAUGGGCCCAGAAAGAAUCUUUCCCAACACAGAUGAUGAGGGUGGUCGAGAACGGAUGCCAGAAGAAGGUGUGGUGGAAAUUGGGGGAGAGUGGAGCGGCGAAGAGGAUGAAGAUGAUGGGGGAGGAGGAGGAGGAGGAGGCGGCGGAGGUGGAGGUGGUGGUGGUGGAGGAGAAGGUGGGGCAUAUAAUUAUCAGCCCUUGAACCAGGACCCAGACUCAGGCCUGCAUCUCCCCAGUCAGCCUGAUCAGCCAGAGGACUCAGAAAACCAGUCAGACCAAUUACAAGACAUCCAGGACCGACUUCAGGCAAUGGGCCUCCACCUCCCGCAGCCUCCACCUCCAGACAGUGAUGAAGAGGAGGAUCCAGAAGAGGCCGCAGCAAGGCGCAGUUACAGUUCCAUUCCUAUGGAUCCUGCCCAUGUGGAACUGGUCAAGAGAACAAUGGCAUCCAUUAGUCUGCCUUCACUAGGCGUCCCAGCCUGGGCAAAAGAAAUCACAGAUGAGCAAUGGAAGGACAUGGUGCAACAAACAAUCCAGUCUCGCCAGGCGUCGGCCAGCCUGAGGGUAGAACGGAAGUGAGCCUCCCACCUUCAGCAAGGAUUGAAGAAGGAAAAAAAACAAAAGACAGGCAAAGGGUCAAGAAAGGGUCACCGUGAACAGCAAGAGCUUUACCCGCCUCGCGUGCUGCGCCUGUGAAAUUAAAAGGCUGACGCCACAUCCUGCCCCGAGGAGCAGUCCGCCAUCUUGAAGUUCAUCACUGAAUGUCUUGUGGCCUCCUUUAAUCAUUUGUGGUUUUGAUGGCUGGCUGGCUGGAUUAUGUUUUUCCUUCUGGUAGCGCAUCAGACUUUUCCAUUAAUUUAGUUGUAAAUAAACCGUUGUUCACCACACCCGUAGCUCUGUAAUUUUAGUAUGUAUAUUUACAUUUGUGCUUUUUGCAGAUACUGUCCUUUUCAAAUAUGUGUUUAAUUUCACUUUUGCAUUGAACAAUAAAUCCGCCUGACAGAAA